AAGCGAUACUGGAACAGGUUUUGUUUCCCUGCAUUGCAGAAUCUGCGGUCGAGGCUGGGUCAUUUUCCACUGGAACCGGCGGCGAGUUCAGGCGCUCUAGGUCGACAAUCUACCCGGAUCAGGAUUAACCAGAUAACCCCCUACCCACCAAGAGACAAAACCAUUGAGAUCCGGGAGCUGAAGGUAUCCGCGUUGCUUCUUCGGAUACAGGGCCGAAACCUACGCAAAGAGCGAAAUGCCCUCUAUGGAACUGAUCGCCUUUUUCUCCUUCCUGGCUGUUGCUGUUGCCCAGCAUGUGAAGGUGGAGCCCGCUGUCUUUGGCUAUGUGGGGAACCAGGUGGUGCUGCGUUGCCAGUUCGUGGACCCUGACUCCAAUAUCGAGGUCACCCAGGUGACCUGGGUGAAGGACCCAUCAGGGGCCAAGCAAAACCUGGCCGUGCAUAACCCCCAAUAUGGCACCAACUACCCAGUGGAUACCAACCAGCGCAUCCACUUCCGGAAUGCCAGCCUGACCGACGCCUCGUUGGUUAUUGACCGUCUCCUCAUGACUGAUGAUGGCAUCUACAGCUGUGAGUUUGCCACCUACCCCGAGGGCAACCAGGAGGCAGCCACCAACCUCACCGUGCUGGCCGAGCCGCGUAUCAGUGGCAAUCCAAUGCCGGUCAACUCCGGGAAAUCUCCAGUGCCCGUGGCCAGUUGUAUUGCAGCAGAUGGAAAGCCCCCGGCCUCUAUCAUCUGGCGUGGCACUGUACCCGGGAACACCACCAUGGAACUGACGCAGAACGCGGAUGGCACCACCACCGUCACCAGCCAGUACCAGGCAGUGCCCAGUAGUGAGCUGGACGGAAUGACGUUGGAGUGUGUGGUCACCCACCGAACACUGGAGAGACCCGAUGUCAUCAACAUCGCUUUGACUAUCCGUUAUCCUCCCAUCGUCACCAUCGAGGGCUAUGACGACAACUGGUACCUGGACAGGGAACAUGCUUCCCUCACGUGUAACGUGAAGGCUAAUCCUGCCGUCACUAGCUACCGGUGGUACAUGAAUGGCGGUGACCUCCCCAGUGAGGUGCGGGCAAUGGGCCACCAGUUGACCGUGGACCAGGUGACCUACCAGGUGAAUGGUACUUUCAGUUGCGAGGCCAGCAACAUCCUGGGCAAAACCAAAGACAGCAUCAAUAUCUUUGUCAGAGAACACAAGGCGGCGGUUACCAGCAACGCCGGGGCGAUCGCGGGAGGCGUGAUCGGGGGGAUCCUGGCACUGCUACUGCUUGCCUGCCUGGCUGGCUUCCUACUGCAAAGGAGGAGAAGGGGAGGGGAGGCAGCCGGCUCCUACGACCCCAAGACCCGGGUCUUCGGGGACGGCAAUGGCGCGGCCCGCGCUGACUUUACCUAUCGCCCCGACUCAGACUCGGAGAAGGGCCCCAGCCUAGAGCCUACCACUCCCACCACCACUGUCAACGCUGCAGCGGAAAUGGAGAACCUGCUGCAGAGCCCAGCGCCUAUGGACAACUACUACCAGGACGAAGAGGAGGAAGAGGAUGAGAAAGUUCCCAUUUCCUCAGAUCCCACAACGGAGGAUGACAUGGAAUCCCAGAGAGAUGGCUCCAUCAUCUCCAAGAAAGCUGUAUACGUCUGAGGUGGUCUGCUCUGCCUCAUUCUAGACCUUCCUGCCCCCCCCCAAUUCCCCCAACUGGCCCUGGAUCCUUCCUCCCCCUCACCUCCUGGACUCAACAGUGAGCGGGCCAAGACUCGGAGAGAGUUGGAUUGGGUCGGGCUCUAGCACAAACAGACACUACCCCGCAGGGCCGGUUCCUCGGACUUCCCCAGUGCUUUUAGACGCCUGCGAGCACAUCAUUGGCUCCUUGCUCCCAAUGUCAUGCCUCCUUCCGUCAUGGUCCCCAGCACUUGAUUACAGGGGCGAGGUCCCUUAGUUCCUUGGUCAUGUGACCAUUCCCCGGCGGGUGGCUCAUUGGCUCCCCGUUGCCGUUUUCCCACCUUCUCCCUCGCUCCUGAUUAGACAGCAGGCUGUCUGUCUCUGCAGCUACCCAGCCCCCGAAUCUCCUCCCCUUGCACUGCUGUCCUUGCUGUCCCCAUGGUAUCCCACUCCUGUCCCUCCCAUGCACCCACCCCCACCCCGAUUUCCAUACCUACCCCCCAUCCAGACCUUCCCAUACAGCCCCCCCACUUCAACCCUCCCAUACAUCCCCCCCCACCCAUCCCUUACAUACAUUGCCCCACUCCUCUUCCUACCAUACAUCUCCCACCUCCUUAACACUCCCUAUUGGUGUGGGCAAGGAUCCGUUCCCAGGGGAGGGGCUGUGCUUCAGGGCUGCUUUGGAGGCGGGAGGUGAUGGUAGCAGAGAUGUGAAGUAGUGCCUGUGGUUUUGCCAGCAAGACAAGGUCCUGAGGUCAACUUGUCUAGGUCUCUGAACGGGCAGACUGCACUGAGGUGCUGCUGAGGUUUUAAUGCCCUGCAAAGCUACAUUUAACACUAACUGUGGGGCCCAGGAUAAUGUCAUGUUAGAAAGUUUUUGGUGCGUAGCUCUAAUCCCCAGCGUCUACAUUCGCUGUUCAGAAAACUUGAGUUUGGCUCCUAGGGGUUAAUCUUGGUGGUCCUGUCCCCAGAUGGUUUAGUACUGGGGAGGUCUCACUUUGGCUGGUAACAGCGGGGUCAAAAGCUUGGGUUGAGUGGCUUCUCAAGAGAGAGAUAUGGAAAGGGAGGGAGACGCUGAGAGACACAGGGAGAGAAGGAGAAACGGACAGAGUGGAGGAGAGACAGCGGGAGAGAGAUAGAUGAGGCUUGAGAAGAUAAAGAAUGGGCUGCAGGAGGGGUUUAAGAGAGAUGGGGAGUGGUGUAGGGCACACAGAAAUGGGGAGGGGCAUGGGGGGUCACAGAGCCGGGACGUAGGGGUCACAGAGGCAGGAGGGGUUUAGGGAUUCACGGAGGGAGAAAGGGUGUCAUAGAGACAUAAUAAGGAUGGUGGGUGUCACAGAGAUGGGGGGGGCAUAGGAGGUUGCAGAGACAGGGAGGAGGAUAGGGUGUCACCAAGACAGUUGGGGGGCAGCAUAGGUACUCACAGAGGUGGGGAGUAGGUGGAGUUGAUGAAAUGGAUACAGCAGGUUGGGAGUGUCUUCCGUCCCGUGUGAUUUUUUUCCAGGGUGGGGGCCAUCCAUAGUUGUUGUACUGUAUGAUCCCACCAGUUCCCAAAAGUGUUUGCCAUCUGUUACCCUCCCCCUUCUCAAAACACAGGAGAUCUACCUCCCGCACCCCCCCCACCACACCAACCCAUCUGUUCCCCACAUGACCUCUCUCCCCUCCACCACCCAGAAAUGUCUCUUGCUGGCCUUGAAAAUUCAAGUGCCUUUUUUAAUCCAUGGGUUUUGUUGUACAAUAUUUUUUUAAUUAAAAGGAGUAAAUUAAUGAAAAGUGGAAUGCCUGUG